GUGUUCCAAAAAUUUAUUUUAGGCUGAAAUGAUGAGAUGAGUUGAGUUGUGACAGUGUAUAUUUUCCUUGGCGAUAGGGGGCAGUACAUACCUAAAUCAUGGCAAGCAAGCAUUACUUUUGUGUUCAAGUAAGGCCUUACCAACAUACCUACAGUCUAUGCAACAGACGGCUAUUAGGGUCAAAAAUCCCUGGGAGUGCAACCUCCAGCAAAAUAACAAGAACAUCAGACUCCCUUUCAUCACUGGCAAUGAGUGAGGAUGUAAAUAUGUAACAGAACAACAUUUAUUAAUGCUAAAAGUUUUGUAACCAUUUGUUACAAAUCAGUAAUUGCAUUCUGUCCUCACAGGCUUCAGUAGAAGGAAACAUGGCAUCCAAUGUGGCGUCGCCCAGAGACUUGGGGUGUUUCUCAAUGUCAAGGCGCCUGGCCUUGCGAGGCAAUGUCUUGUGAGGCCAGGCGCCUUGCUUACAAGGACACUGUCCGUCCUUGGUCAAAGAAAACGGUUAAAUGGAACAGACUUGCAUCACAUGACCGCGGCUUCCACGGCGGUCACGUAACGUCACGUGAUGCGGGAGAUAACGCUAUGUUUUGUACGUAUUAGUUUCAAUAUAAAUAUAUAAUGAGACUUUUUAAAUUGUGUAUAUCUUUAUUAAAUUAAAUAUUUAAAUGAGUUACUACCUGCUAGCCACCAAAGGUGCAACUACUAGGUAACUAACCAACAAUAGAUAAUUUCUUUGGAUCUAAAAAAAACAUUUUAAAUUAGUUGACUUACUUUUAAACUUGAAAAUUGUCCCCGAUGUAGCUGCCGGCUUCUGAUCCGCCGUCCUUUUGAAAAUACUGCGGUGUAUUCUGGGUCAUUUUUGACCAAGGCUAGGCUACAAGACACCUCUCGUGUAUCUUUGCUCAGCUAACGGCUAACAAACGGAGAACACACGCCUCGAUACAACAUUAACGUUGGAACACGUCUUGGCGGCUCCCGAUGACGUAUCUCCUAGGAAACCAGGGCGGGGCCAAGACAUCAAGGCAAUAUUCCUUGGCAUUGAGAAACACCCUUAGACCCGCUCCUGUGUAUUUUAGACCCGAUUUUUAUGGUUAUUUGUUAUGAAACUGCCAAUAUUUUUCAACAACUGGGCAUCUUUCAUUUACAACAUUUCAGUUGAUAUUUCCAGAGAUUAAUGGUAAAAACUACACAUUGUCACUUUAACAGAACGGAUGAUUAAACUUUCCCGACAUUAAUGUUUGAAAAAAAAAACUGACAUAAAUAAAUAAACAAAUAAAUACAUCAAUAAAAACAGACAACAAAGUCAUGACGCAUAUUGGCUUUUUUACCCUUAAUUCAUUUCCCAUGUCAAGGGCCCAGUAGAAGGUAUCCCAAGAGCAGCUUGGAGGUUAUCAGUUCUUAGUGUAACUUUUUAUAAAGCAGAUGUGUUCUGUACUGUAUAAAUGUAAAUAUUUGUUCCAACAGCACAAGAUGUAGAAAGCAACUUUAAAAUAUUAGUUGACAAAGUUCUUUGUAAAAAUCUGGAGUAGCAGUUUGCAUUAUUUCAAUAAGCGACUUCUGUCCCUGGGACUUUUGUUUUGUAGGCCCGCAGCUGGAGAAGACACCGGAAGUUACAUCACAAAACGUUUAUUUUGAAAGCAGCAUUGAGGAAAUGGUCACACAUAGAUUUAAUAUUAUUCGCGGCGGAGUUCCUCGUUCCUGACCAAGUUGCUAACGCUUUUUUGACCGUCUGACAAUUUUGAAGUUCUUCUGUUUAUUAUACAACCAAACGACAAAUUUUUCCAACAGGACAAUAACUUUUAAGAGUUUAGAAGUAUGGACGUGCAAGCUGACGCUCAGCGAACAGAAAUCCCAACUUCAGCCGAAUCAUCAUCAGACCGUCCCAGGAGGAUGACUAGAACACAAACUCUCACACUAAUAUCAAUAGCUUCUGUUAACUUCAGCUCAAUGAUCUGCUACUCGAUAUUAGGACCUUUUUUUCCAAACGAGGCUGUAAAGAAAGGAGCCAGCCAGACUGUGGUUGGGCUAAUAUUUGGGUCCUACGCUGUCUGCAAUUUAAUUGGCUCUUUAAUAAUGGGAAAAUAUAUAGUCCAAAUUGGUGCCAAGUUCAUGCUAAUUGCAGGUCUUUUUGUGUCAUCAGUCUGCACCAUUACGUUUGGGUUACUUGAUCGUGCUCCUGCAGGAGCUGCCUUCAUCACUCUGUGCUUUAUAGUGAGGUCCAUCGACGCUUUGGGCUUUGCUGCUGCCAUGACCUCGUCUUUUGCCAUGACAGCAAAAAUAUUCCCAAACAAUGUGGCAACUGUUUUGGGAAGUCUGGAGAUUUUCACCGGACUCGGGCUGAUUCUGGGCCCGCCGGUGGGAGGAUGGUUCUACCACUCUUUUGGAUAUGAAGUCCCUUUUAUGCUUCUGGGAUUUUUGCUUCUGAUCAUGGUUCCUUUCAACAUUUACGUGCUGCCAUCCAUCGAGGCGGAUCCAUCCAAAGAUUCCUUCCUUCGGCUUCUCUCACAUGUCAGAGUCGUUCUGAUUUGCUUUGUAAUUUUUACGCUCAGCGCAGGUCUGGGCUUCAUUGAUGCCACCCUGUCACUGUUUGCAAUGAAGACCUUUAAUCUCUCUUCUGGCUACGUGGGGCUCAUCAUGCUGGGCUUGUCCUUACCGUAUUGUCUGGCGUCCCCUCUGAUUGGCUACUUCACAGAUAAAUAUCCUGUCUCCAGAAAUGGAUUUACAGUGACAGGGGGCAUCAUCACCGCUGCUGGGUUCUUCCUGCUUGGCCCCGCCCCUUUUCUUCAUAUCUCAAGCCAGCUGUGGUUGAUGAUCAUCACGCUUGGUCUAAUCGGGUUUUCGCUGGGAAUGACGGCCAUUCCCACAUUCCCUGAGAUCAUCAAAUAUGCACAGGAACAAGGAUUUGAAGAAGGACUGAGCACUCUUGGAAUGGUGUCUGGGUUGUUCGGUGCGUUUUGGUCCCUCGGGAUGUUUUAUGGGCCGAUUGUAGGAGGCCUUAUUACACAAAAUCUGAACUUUGAGUGGGGAGCCACAGUUCAGGGAGGCAUGACGUUUCUGGCUGCCUUUCUUCUCAUGGUUCACUCCUUCUGUCAGCGAAGACGACAAAGUGCACGAGAAGACAGUCAACCAACUAAUGAAAGCACUCCUCUACUGACCGGAUGAAGGCCUCAGACAGCUACACAUGGAACCAGAUUUUUGCUGUUUGACUUUAGGAAAUAUUUAAUCUAUAUUCUUGCAGCUGACGUCUAAUGUUAUUUUUACCAAGUGUUUAUCUGCGGUGCUGCUUGAAUCGAUAGACAGAGCAUCUGUUGCAUUAAGUUAAAAACUAAUCAAUAGUCCUUAUCAGAACCAAACUCUGCCAUUUUGUACUUAGACCCGUCUUGUGUUAAUGAUCUUAAAGUUCUAGAACACACGACUUGGACUUCAAACCCGAGUGAGCCGUGUCGGGAUCUGCUCAAACAUUCCUGGGCAUGUAAAGGAAAUAAAACACACUAGCUUAGAAAAUAUUUAUUAUACAGGUCAUACUGGCACUGAAAGUUAGAUUUUGUGUUAUGAGUCAUGAAUUCUUUAUGAAAA